UGCACGUAUCGCCGAAAGCUCCAAUUGGCUAUAUGGCGGUUAAAGGUACUUUGUUGCGUUUUGAUUGGUUUGCGCGUUUUUUGACGCGAAAUUCAAACUAUGUAAUAACUGGCGCUUUUUCCCUCUGCUUUCAUUAGUUAGUGGUGUCCGGAUUUGACCGCGUAAAUCGACUAUGUUGAGUUAGAGUACAGUAAUCCGCGCCAGAACAGCGUAUAUGUUUUUACAGCUUGCAUAAAAACCCUGGAGCGUUAUUUUAGAGUUUUGUGCUGACCAAAGGGUAAAGGCAUCGCUAUGAAGUGUUUGACCCGCAGCAGAGCUCCAGAAGACAAAGCUGAAGAGUUAAAAGGACUGAAGCAAAGCGCGCCAUCGUCCUGCCUGCCUUCAUCCAUCUCCUCCCCGCAUCUGGAAAACGACCCUAAAGGGCCUCAUAACAAGGAGAACUACAAGGAAAAGCCAGGUUCUGUAGAUGUGCUGCUGUCUGAUGACGAGGUUCUCCUGAGCAGCUCCAGUCUUGCAGAAGACAGCGGCUAUCUCUCCCUUCACAACAGUCAACUCGAGCACUUUGAUGGGGACACACAUUGUACAGACACUCCAGAGAAAUGCACGGAUGAAAAGGAAUGCAGACUGUCUCCAGGUCAUUCUGACUCUAAAGCAACUUGCCUUCCUGUGCUGAAGUUCCAGCAGGAGGUAUGCAGGCAGUUGGCGAAAACCUACAAGAAAAGUCAAAGCUAUGACUGGACUGUCAUUAAUAAGCUAGCUAAGUGCUAUGGAAUCCAUAACGUCAUCGGCUCAAAGAUGGGCCGGGACUACGUGGACAUUUUGUCUGGUCUGUUGAAAAAAGACAUGAAGCACAUCCUUACCAGGAUCCUGGGCCUACUCGGGGAUUGUGACUUGAUAAGCUGUACAAAAGUGAGUAAGACAUGGCGGAAAAUCCUUCACCAAGACACGAAGGUUGUUCAGAGGUGCAGAGCAGCAGAGCAAAUGUUAAGGGAUUCGGGAAGGUCGACAGGGUCUUUAAGCAGAGACUUUGGCCUUAGCAGGGUGGUGUUUUCUUGCCUGCAGUCUGUAGCUUCCUCAACACCAGGGCACAAAGCCACAAAGAAGAGCAACAGCCAAACAGAUGAAUCGAGAACUUCCACCAAGCCAAGUCGCUUUACAGAGUUUCAUGAGGCUACUAAAUCCCUCAAAAGGCACGAGGCUUUGCGAAGUUGCCGUCUUUGCGGUUCUCCUGCGCGGUAUGAUGCUGCCAUGAAAAGGGCGGUGUGUUUGCGGGCUAGCUGUGCUUUUGACUUCUGCUCUCUGUGCCAGUCAGCGUUCCACGGUUCCACCCAAUGCCAGCGUGGCAUAAUAAAGGCUUCGCCACACUGCCAGUCCGUCCCUUUAGCAGGUUCCACUCGGAGCAAACGCAGUAUCCGACGCCUCUGAGUUUCACUUACUCAAGAAAAACUAUUUGCACAUUUAAAAGAAAUCUUUAUUGCUAGAAAAAUCUUUUAUGAUAGUUUUACAAUGUGGAAUUUUUAUAUCAGUUUCCUUUGUUGCGCGAUGUAGGUCACUUUGUCUGUGGUCCUUGCACAUGUUUAUAAAGAAUUGAAUGCCAAAAAAAAAACGAAAGGGAAGACUGAACAGCCUUCUCCACUAGAAAAUUUUAUUGGCUUUUAUAAUUGUGAUUGUAUUAAUGAAAUGACUGUGUGCCUUGUUAAAAAAAACUGUA